AACCGCCAUCACCUUUUUAAUUGAUCGCUUCAUACCUUACGAGUGUUGAGCACGUGACCGCUGACCCCGGUCCUUCUCUUGUUCGCCCUAUGUUUACGCCACCGGCGAGCCGAGCAAUGCUUUGCCGGUUUUAUCGGUUAGAACUCUUGUAGGCUCCAUUUUGACCUGGUCACGCCAUCUACCGACAUUCCGGCGAACCCCGUACCCCCUAUAAAAUCAACGUUACCUAUAGUUCGGAACUUCCCCGUGGGGCCAUCUCCCGGAACCGCGGCGAAACAUCGAGACACUUCAACCUCGCGACAAAUAAUCGACGACCUUACGGCCCUUGUUAUCUCGACAUGAACCGAAUGCAAAUGAACGCAACCAGGUCUAACGAUACAGCUCAGUUCUUCGCAGUUCAGUACCGACAAUAAUAGAGAACGUAUUAACCGAACGCUGCGAUCAUGAAUAUUUCCUUCGAGGGCAAACGAAUCCUCGUAACCGGUGCGGGCAAGGGCAUCGGAAGAAACCUGGCGCUGCGGCUGUCGGAACUCGGAGGAACCGUGGUCGCCCUCUCCAGAAGUCAGGAGGACCUGGAUAGCCUGGUCAAGGAGGACCCUAAAAUCAAGACCGUCGCGGUGGAUCUGGCGAACUGGGACGAGACGAAAAAUGCUGUCCAGGGCGUCCUGCCGAUCGACCUGUUGGUCAAUAACGCCGCCAUGGCGAGUUUGGCUCCGUUCGUCGACAUCAAGCCGGAAGUCUUCGAGGUCCUGUACAACGUGAACGUGAUAGCGGUGGCGAACGUGUCCCAGGUCGUGGCCAGGGACAUGAUCGCCCGAAAAGUGGGCGGCAGCAUCGUCAACGUCUCCUCCCAGGCUUCCCAGAACGCCCUGAAGGAGCACGUCGCGUACAGCGCCUCCAAGGCGGCUCUGGACAUGUUAACGAGGACGAUGGCGCUGGAGCUGGGUCCUUGCAACAUCCGCGUGAACGCCGUCAAUCCCACGGUGGUCCUCACCAAGAUGGGGAAGCUGGCCUGGAGCGACCCCGAGAAGGCUCGCGAGAUGCUGUCCAAGAUCCCCAUGGGUCGAUUCGCGGAAGUCCACGAGGUCGUGGACGUCAUCGUGUACCUCCUGAGCGAGCGCAGCUCCAUGGUCAACGGGAUCACCUUGCCGGUCGACGGAGGAUUCCUGGCCGUGUAAAGGUGCCUCUUCCCCGACCUUCGUCGAGAACGGCUCUUCCCUUUUCUUGCUAUUUUUUCCCUGUGAAGUCACCGCUGAUAAAGUAGCUCCCGUCGAGGGAGUGCGAAAGUUCAAGGACGACGAGUCGCGCUAUCGACCGGGACGCGGGACUGGAAGGAGGGAUGUUUUCGAUAAGGAGGCAAACAAACCGGCAAUAAAGUCCAAUUACAAGUA